CCGCUAAUUCUUGUUUUUCUUUUUUUUUUUUUAGGAGACAACAGUUCCGGUGACUUGGGUGACAAGAUCAGCGAAAUAGGUGACAAACUCGACACCAUUCUUCACCGUGACAGUGAUGACGCCAAGACAAGGUCCAUUACUACCCCACCUACUGAGAGCACGACUGAAGGUGAUGGAAUCGAACCAUCCAAACCAACCAUAUCCACGGAGGGUAUGAAGCCUACGAUCACAACAACUUCGCCUGUGUCACCCAGUGCUCCUACAGAGUCAGCCAAGCCUAAGCAGCAGAUGUCUUCUAAUCAUCUGUCGGUCCCUAAUGAACCAAAGGAAAAUGAAAACUCUGAUGAUAUCUUUAUGGAACUAAAUGAAAAUGUUUACUUGCAAAUCCAAUACAUCAAGAUGAUUGAAGAGCAUAAGCCCAAGAAAAGAAGAGCCAUUUUUAUCGUCCCAGACCCUGAUUUAUCUGAUGAAAUUGGUGAAGAAUCUUCAGCUACUUGGGUUGAGUUGCUUGGUGAUGUGUUUUACGUAGGAUGGCUUAGUAACUUUACUCAUGCAGCAGAGAUCACCGAUUCACAUGGUAUUGGAAAAUACUUUGCUUGGUUUGUCGUCAUGUGGUGGACUUGGUGUUCUAGUGCUCUAUACUCUUCUCGAUAUGAUAGUGGUGAUGUGACACAUCACGUCUAUAAAAUCAUUGAACUUUGUGGUUUAGUUAUCAUGGCGGGUGCUAGUCCAAAUUACCAAGAGAAUCCUAGAUGGUUCAUUAUUGGCUACAUCAGUAAGAUUCUUGAUUUGAUAGAACACAGAAUCACUCAUGAUAAUUUUUCUAGUCAUGAAAGCAGUCAACCUUGUACAAUAUUCAAUUAUCUUUAUCGUAUCACUCGGAGCACAUUUCAAGUCAUCCCGUCGACCCUUGGGCGCCUAUGUCGCAGCCAGUGCAAUUUCGAUCGUUCUGUGGGGUAUCUCCCUCUUGUACUUACCUCCUGGGGGUGGUUCUGAGGAUACCAAUGCUGUGAAACGUUAUGUCCUUUGGUAUAUCAGUAUUGGUUUAGAGCUUAUUGUAUACAUGGUUUUACAGACCAAUAGCCGCGUAUCAUUAGCAGCAAGUCAUUUGGGAGAACGAUUUGGUCUGUUCACAUUAAUCAUUUUAGGUGAAAACUGUAUGGGCUUCAUCUCUACUGUG